UUAUUAUAUUAUUUAAUUUAUUUAUUUUCAUAAUCUUAAUCGUUUUUCGUUAUUUUGACUUUAGAAAAAUGGAAGAAGAUGAAUAAAGAAAUGAAAGUAAACUGAUAGCCUUUUUAUUCUGUUGUAUAGCAUCAAAAUGAACUGGAGUUUGUACGAAGACAUGGCCACCGCCUAUAUCAAAUCUGGAAAUGCUUCAGGCCUUGCCAAACUGGUAAAUUCUCUACUGCCAGAUGGGGAAGAAGAUGAAAUGAAAAGCGAAGUGAUUGAAUUAUCCGGUCAAAUAAUUGGGUCAAUUUUAAAAGAGAUUUGCGAACAAACACCUUCCGGACAGCUGGAAGUAAUUGAGCCUCUUUUAGAAGCUUUUCGUGAUCAGGGAUUGACCAUUUCUUUGAGCGUGGCCCAAUUUGUACGUGACAAAGUAUCAGAAGGCCAGUUGACUCCUGCUUCCGUUGAUCUCUUGGCUGAACUAACCUCGGGACAACUAAUUCCUGUACCGUUGAAUCCCUUGCCUAAGCGCCUUCAGUUGGGAACGAAUAGUCAGUCAAAUAAGAAAAACAUCAAUAAAUUCUGUGCAUUCGUACGAGAGCGUAAAUUACACGAAGCAUUGACAUCGAAAAAGGAGCUGGAGGCCCGCAGUGUUUUUUUCAAGAUCGAAUUAAAUCUCUUGUUAAUGGACCUGUACGGCCAUCACGGACGUUUGGACGAGGCUCUCGAUUUAUUCUCCCGACUGCACAAGGACCCCGACCUUAUCAUCCUGCCUUCUAAAAUCAUGAAUCUCUCUGCUCAUCUGUUGAAAGGAGGUCGGCCAGUUGAUGCGAUUCGCUUUCUAGAAAAAUUGAAAGCUGAUCCGCAAGUGGCUGAAAAAUCGAGUUGACGAGAUCCGUCAACGCAAGUGCUGUUCGACUGAUGGACGCCGCUGCCAAAAAUGGCAAUGUCGAAGUAAUUCAGAAAAUAUUCGACUGUCUGGAACAAUCGAAAGCCUUGAAAAUGAGUAGAGCCCUGUUAGGUACACUAGUCAAAGUCCAUGCUGUUCGAGAUGAUUGGGACAGUUCCCUAGCCGAGUUUGAUCGUUUGACCAAAGAGCGACGCUCGACACCUUGGAGCACCGAAUUAGCCGCCAGUUUGAUUGAAAAAGACGACACGAGAAGACUUGACCGACUUAUGAAAAUGAACAGUCAAGUCCACGGGGAGAGGGACAGUCUCUUUGAUCUGUCGCUGGCUUUUCUUAGCUGUCAGCGAGUCAAAGAUGCAAAAAAACUCCUCGAGACUCCUGGACUGCGUAUCGUCAACAGUCGACUGGACAACGUCUGCUCCUUCUACGUGCGUAAGAAAAAACUCGACGAACUGGAGAAUUUGGUGAAGAUUAGCCGGAACGUUUUCAACGUGGACCGCCACAUGUUGUACGAUCAUUUAUUGGCGGCUUGUAUCAUAAUUAUAAUUUUAUUUUAAUUUAUUUAACUAUUUCACUGAUGUUUAUAUGUGUUAACAUAAAUAUGAACCUAAAUAAACUUGUAAAUAUGUGUUUUGUCACAUUAAAUAAAAGUAUAUUUCGAUUUAA